AUUCUAUCACUCUAUGUUGUCAACUGUGCUCAUGGGGCUGAAGGGGAAAGUGAACUAUCACCGGGUCGCAAUGAUCGCGUUCGCAAAGCAUGUGAGCUCUGUCGACAGAUGAAGGUCAAAUGCGACGGGACCCAUCCCUGCAAGCAUUGCUCUCAUUCUUUUCAUGAGUGCAUCUAUCGCGAUACACAUCGGAAAAGACACGCCGACUUGGACCACAGAACUUCCGCCAGGCCAGGCAAAAAACCGAGUUUGCAGAAGAGAUCGAAUCAUAUCGAUGAUUUCGAUGCAGAUUCCUCACAGAUUGCUGCAUGUCAGCCAGACACGCCGGAAGUCAUGCAUGAAGGUGAUAGAGAAGAGGGUCGGCUGGAAGCACGACACCAUGGGUCUUCCGGAGAACGGUCUUUUAUAGAACGACUGAAGCUAGAACUCGGAGACUCCCCAGGUAUCGAAUUUGAGAGCAGAUUGCGCGUGAAAGAGCGACUGGCUCCUAGGCUGUUCCUGCUAGGAGCUCCAAAUUGCUUAUCGAGGACUUCUGCGCCUCUCCCAGAGCGCCAAAGGGCACAGAUACUAGUCAACCAGGCUUUGGAUGCGCACUUACUCUACCAUGCUCUGCAUCGUCCCACCUUCACUUCCGUCUUUCAAUUGUUGUACUCUCUCGACAGAGAAGACUACGGAGAGACAGAGCUUAACCACCUUCCUCUCCUCUACUCUCUGAUGGCGGUAGGCUGCCUAUCUGAGAAACACAACGAACAUAGUCCCGCGGAGCUAUCAGGAGGCUCGCUUUCUGAAGGAUUGAAGUAUUUUGAAAUCUGCCGCGAUAUGGUUGAUCUCGAAGCUUGUGAUAAUCUUUUUGCCUUGCAGGCCAUUUUCUUCAUGAACAUCUUUCUCAUCAGUACCUGUAGAUUAUCCCGGUGCUACACCUAUGUUUCUCACAUGCUUUCCUUGGCUUUUCGCAUGGGCCUGCACCGUCCCGGUAAGACGGAUAGUCCGGUCGUUGUCGAGACCAAAAGAUCUCUUUUCUGGGCUAUAUGGCAACUUCUGGUCACUUUAGCUUCCAUGUGCGGCCUUCCAAAGCCAGUACCUGUUGAGGAGAUAGGAAUGGAUUAUCCCGAGACCAUAGCCGUCAGUGCUCAGCCAGAUCAAGAAAGGAUGGGGCCCACGGAGAGUUUUCAGGUACCAAAAACGAUACCCAGUCAUCUGAGUUACCUGAAACUUCAUGAAACUAUCUACAGAGUUGUGAAGAGCCUGUAUCCUCCAAACACUAUGCAGCAUCGGGAUGGGAAAGAGUUAUUGAAACACUUUGUCACCAAGGAUACUAUUUUCAAACUCGAGGACGAGCUACGGAGAUGGACCAAGCACCUUGCCAUUCGUGACAUACUAGCAAAACAUAAGAACAAUCAAUGGUCCCGAAGGUAAGGGGGAUCGGAAGUUCUUAGAACCAUCAUACGAAAACGCUCACAAGCUACAGAGCGGAACACGAACUCUGUAUGGCCUUCGCUCAUACUCAAGUCUACUUAUACCGACCGUUCAUGCACUACCUAUUUGAAAGUCACAACGUACAGCAAGAAGGCCGAAAAUAUGCACUGGCUGGAAUUCGUGCAAGCUGUAAUAUCAUACGCCUCGCGCAGGAUAUGCACCGCCAUGAUCUUCUGUUUGGAUCGCAGUGGCGCGUGGCACAUAUGAUCUCGACAUCUGCCCUUACUCUUCUCUACGUUCUUCUUAUCGACA